AUGGCAGCCGCACAUGGAGACCUAAGCCACCUGCUGCCCCUAAAUUACAAGCGUAUAAUAUCAACAUGGCUUGAGGAAGACUGCCCCAGCUUCGACUAUGGAGGCUUCGUUGUUGGUGAAGUCGAUGGUGAGGCGAAACUGCUGGGCAAAAGCAAGGGAAUAGUGGCCGGUGUUCCCUUUGUCAAUGAAGUAUUUGCCCAGUUGGGCUGCACUGUGGAUUGGAAUGUCAAGGAAGGUGACCAGAUUGAGCCAGUUACCGUCUGCGCCAUUGUUCGUGGGCCAAUGAGAAAACUGCUCCUCGCCUACUGCAGGACAUCAGCUCUCCUUGCCAUUCUUCGUGGCCAGGGCUGGAACGGCACCCUGGCAGGCACACGAAAAACCACCCCAGGCUUCCGUAUUGUUGAGAAAUAUGGAAUUCUAGUUGGCGGCGCUGAUCCUCACCGCCAUGACCUUAGUUCCAUGACGAUGUUGAAGGACAACCACGUCUGGGCAUGCCACAACAAGACUAAGGUCAACUCGGCAAAGACUACAGAGACUGAAACCGCCAGUGCCGACGUAAGCAUCAUUGCUAAAGCUAUCCCAUCUGCGGUUCAAGCUGCUCGUGCUACCGCUGGCUUCUCUACCAAGAUUGAAGUAGAAUGCCGCAGUAUUGAAGAGGCAGAUGCUGCCGUUGGUGCCGGCGCCGAUGUUAUCAUGUUGGAUAACUUUACCGCUGAUGGAGUACGGGCCGCCGCAAAGCAGCUAAAGGAUGAGUGGGAGGCCAAGGGGAAGCCCCGGGGCAGUUUUCUGGUGGAAGUCAGUGGCGGCCUGAACGAGACUAAUGCUGCCAAGUUUGUGUGUGACGAUGUGGAUAUUCUGUCAACGAGCAGUAUUCAUCAGGGCGUCGGCAUCAUUGAUUUCUCUCUGAAGGUUGAUCACUGA